UGGUUUGUGAGGGCGGUGCUUGGCCUGACGCAGCAGGAAAGAUGGCGGACGAGGAAAAGCUACCGCCCGGGUGGGAGAAGCGCAUGAGCCGAAGCUCUGGACGUGUGUAUUAUUUCAAUCACAUGACUAAUGCCAGCCAAUGGGAAAGGCCCACUGCGGGUGGGAAAAAUGGCCAAGGGGACCCUGGUAAAGUGCGAUGUUCUCAUCUACUUGUGAAACACAAUCAGUCGCGGCGUCCUUCAUCAUGGAGACAGGACAACAUCACACGCACCAAGGACGAGGCCCUGGAACUCAUUAAUGGCUACAUCCAGAAGAUAAAAUCGGGGGAUGAGGAUUUUGAAUCUCUGGCUUCUCAGUUCAGUGACUGCAGCUCAGCUAAGGCCGGAGGUGAUCUGGGCAGCUUUGGGAAAGGCGCAAUGCAGAAGCCCUUCGAAGAUGCUUCCUUCGCUCUGAGGCCUGGAGAGAUGAGUGGCCCCGUCUUCACAGAGUCCGGCAUUCACAUUAUCCUCCGCACUGAGUGAUUCCACUUUUAUAUAAUGGGAACUCUCGCUGCUUCAGAGAGGGAAGAAAGGGAAUUAGAUGUGGGGAGGAGGGGGCUGGAUAAGGGAUAGGGUAGUCUAGUAAAAUACAGGCCCAGUUCUGCUCAGUGGGUUCAAUCAGUUAUUGGCCAUUUAAGUAUCCUCAUUUAUGGAAGUUUGUGUGUCGUUAGCAGGGGAUGUGCAUGAAGGGCUUUGGGUUGUUUCUUUCAUUACCUCCAAUUCCCCCAGACAAUUAGUUCUUGUCUCAGAACCUUCCCGAUCCAUCAGGAUACUCUUUCUAGCUCCUGCAGUAAUGUGAAUGGCACAGCAUGAGAUCCUGAAGGCCAUGCUCUCCUGUAGCCAAAUGAACAUGCUUGAUUAGGCAGCAGAGACCUAGAGGCAAUAUAUAUUUAUUUUUCAUGUGAGCCCUUUUGAUUGGUAACACCUAUCCCCUACAUUCUAUAUAGAAUCCCUGGGAGAGACUAAUUACUUAGUGUCACUUUCUCUCCCACUGCAAGAAUGUAUAUUUAACAGAGACCUCUCUCCUUCCUUAUAAACUGACAAUAUAAGGAUCAUAUUGAACAUAGGUGUGUAUUUCACUCUAGCUAGGCUGCGGCUAUCUUGUAAGGGUUUUAUAUAGGGGGUUACCUAAUUCAUUUUGCAUGUUAAAGGAGAAGGAAAGCUACCAAGGCAGUUUAUUGCCAAUAGAUUAACCAUAAUAGUGCAAGCUAGAAUGCUUUAUUUAUUCUGUAGAAUGCUUUACCAUACCUAAGUAAACGGCUAUAUAAGCUCUCUGUUUGUUCAAGAUAGCAGCUGCCAUUUUGGUGUGACAUCACUUCCUCCUUUAGUCUCUCGUAGCUCUAGGCUCAGAUUACAGCAGUUAGGGGAGGGGGAAGAGAAGCAAACUGAGCAUGCUCAAGCCCAAGCCCUGGAGGUUUAUGCUGAAAACAGGAAGUCUGAUACAGAAGCCCAUGAGUACACAAUAGAAGGAAAGAAAUGUGCUGUUUCUUUUGACAGAGGACUCAGAGCAGCAUUACUUUGAGGGUUUACUGGUGUAUUUAUAUAGACCUUUCUGAUGAAGCUUACUUAGUUUUAACCUUUCCUUUAAGACCCUUUAUAAAACUAAACCGCUUCAGCUACUUUCAAUGUAAAGAAAGCUUAAGGCCUCGGAUUGAUCAUGCCCCCUUGUAACUACUUUCAGAGGAAACUGCAGAAAGGUACGUCUCGGGAAUCUCCUGAGGGAGCGAUCAAGGUGAAUUUUGCAUCUGCACCCACCUCCGCUGUCUCUGAUGCCUUUCCCACGUAAUGCUUAUACCUUUUCUUAAAGGGGUUGUUCACCUUUUAAUUAACUUUUCGUAUGAUGUAUAGAGUGGAUGAAUGACAUAUAGAGUGGAAUUCUGAGACAAUUUGCAAUUGGUUUCCAUUUUUUAUUAUUUGUGGUUUUUUUAUUUAGCUUUUUAUUCCGCAGCUUUCCAGUAUGCAGUUUCAUCAAUCUGGUUGCUAGGGGCCAAAUUACCUUAGCAACCAUGCAUUUGUUUGAAUAAGAGACUGAAAUGUAAAUAGGAGAGGACCUGGAUAGAAAGAUGAGUAAUAGAAGGUAGCAGUAACAAUACAUUUGUAGCCUUGCAUAGCAUUUGUUUUUUAGAUGGAGCCAGUGACCCCCAUUUGAAAAUUAGUAAGAGUCGGGGAAAAAAAAGGCAAAUUGUUCAAAAACUAUAAGAAAUAAAGACCAAUUGAAAAGUUGUUUAGAAUUAGCCAUUAGUCAACAAUAUUUAGCAAGUGCUUCUUGUACAUGGAUAGCUGCUUCGGGCAACCGUUUUUAACUCGUUAUGCUGCUCCAGUUCUCUAAAUGAAGAUUAAUUUAAUACCUUGAUUCACUUUUCUGAGACUGACAAAAGGACAUUUACUUGCAUCAAAGUUUUUUUUUUUUUUUUUUUUUGUUUUUUUUUUUGUUUUUUGAGGCUACAAAAUGGCCUACUUCUCUUUAUUUGAUCGGUGAUCUCAUCCAGUUGUAAUGAAGGUUAUUACAUGAUUUGUGUCAGAGCCAGUGUAGCUGAGCCUGGCAUGGGGGCAGAUGCAUGGGUUUAAAGGAUCAGUAACAUCUUUUUUUUUUUUAUUACUUAAAAAAUUUGUUAGUGUAGAAA